AUGGCACCGUCCCUCAUCCAAUGUUGCCGCAGUCUGGCUCUCUCGACGUGGCUGCUGUCGUUUUGUUUCGUGCACUUGCUGUGCUUGGACUUUACGGUUGCAGAGAAAGAGGAGUGGUACACCGCUUUUGUCAACAUCACCUAUCUGGACCCCGUCACUUCCGAGGUCAGGACGGAGAAAACCGAGUGCGGAAGGUAUGGUGAGCAGUCGCCCAAGAAAGAAGCCAGAGGUCUGGUCCUGGUUCCGUCCAGCCUGCAGGACAGGCAGGCGUGCGACCCCAGCCUCAGGUUCCCCCCUAUCCCCGCUAACACCGCCUGGGUGGCUCUGGUGGCUGAUGGGAACUGUUCCUACCGAGAGAAGAUCUGUAACGUUGCAAACUACAACGCCUCUGCAGUUGUCAUAUACAAUGUGGGCUCCACCAAUGCCAACGACACCAUAACAAUGCCCCAUCCAGGUACGGGUGAAGUUGUGGCCAUCAUGAUCCCAGAGCCUAAAGGCCGUGAGAUUGCUGCCUUGCUGGAGCAGCAGAUCAGGGUCACGCUGUCCAUCUCCAUAGGAACCCGCAACCUGCACAAGUAUGUGAGCAGAACGUCGGUGGUGUUUGUCUCCAUCUCCUUCAUCGUGCUCAUGAUCAUCUCCCUCGCCUGGCUCGUCUUCUACUACAUCCAGAGGUUCCGCUACGCUAACGCACGAGACCGCAACCAGAGACGUUUGGGAGAUGCUGCCAAAAAGGCCAUCAGUAAGCUGCAAGUACGCACCAUAAAGAAAGGAGACAAGGAGACUGAGUCAGACUUUGACAACUGUGCAGUUUGCAUUGAAGGUUAUAAGCCUAAUGAUGUUCUGCGGGUAUUACCAUGCAGGCAUGUUUUCCAUAAGCACUGUGUAGACCCGUGGCUACAAGACCACCGGACAUGUCCCAUGUGUAAAAUGAACAUCCUUAAAGCCUUGGGAAUCCUGCUCAACGCAGACUGCACAGAUGACGUUCCUCCAGACUAUGAGACAUCUGUCGGGGGUCCGCCCACCAACGCCAUCAGUGGGGAGAGUGACAUCACGUUUAACGAGAGCUCGGUGGAUCUGGAUCCAGCCGACGGGGAGAUCGGCUUCCAGCAGCUCCACCCUGAUGAAGAGACAGAGCCUCAGGCAGCGGAAAGCCACAUCAUCACCGGCCGUGGGCACCAGGGUCCGAUCAGCAGUGACUCAGACUCGUCUUUCACGACAGGUGUGGAGGUAGACAUGUCUGAAGUACACCUGUCCACGGAGCAUGAAUGUGAUCUGGCCAAAUCCUGAAAAACGCACAAAUCACCAGGACAAAGUGAUCAGGGGCCCGUCAGAGAUUCGCCACCUCUCGGGCCCCUAGAGGACUUCUCAGAUGAUGAGCCCUACAAAAUAGCAGCACAAAAACACCCAUUUCUGUCUUUAUUGACCAUGAAAAAACAAUAUUUGUCCCUGCAUCUGUGGACGUGUUGCUUGCUAGUUUUCUAGCAGUAACCACUCACUGUUUUGUUGGUUUGACUGCCAUGACGACCAGACAGCCAAUCACAGCUCUCCCAUUGUGGUGCCCCAACAUUUUCACAUCCUUAAACCAAGCAUCUGAAAUACACUUAAAACAAGUGCUGAUAUUUUGAACCACAGUGCUGAGUUGACCAGUACUGAGAAGUUCAAAUGUGUUUCUCUUCAUUCCUUCAACCUGCACAGGAGCAUCCAGGACUACUUAAUGCAAGAUAGCAGUUUUAAUUAUUAUAAGAAGUGUGUGCAGAUUGUUUGAUUUCUUUGGUAUGGGAUCACUGCCAAAAUAUUCCAGAAGUAAAUGUUACUGAUGUAAUCAAUAUGGAGCAUAUAGGGUCUAAUUUAUUCCCAAACACUCUAUGUGAUUUUCAACCAGAUUUCAACCACAGACUUAGGUACAUGUUUUCAUCCCUAAAAAAAUAACUUAAAGCAUGGGUCUUUAAGUUCAGUGGUCAUUGGACAUUUCAGAAGUUGGAAUAUGUAUGCACAUGUUAAGCUGUAAUUUCUAAACUGUUUCUGUUUCUAUUUGUGUAAGACUUUCAUUUACGUCUCCUAUUUAACCAACUGCAUAUUCCUGCUGUUGAGAGGAAAUCAACAAACACAUGGUAGAUGUUUCUGUCCUCACAUUUGACAAUCGUAGCUUGCCACAAGCAGUUUGAAGUGAUGUCACCCACUGCCCUACUGAAACUGCUGCUGAUUCACACGUUAUCACAACACAUGAUGACGGUGACCUCUCCCUGCUGUCUGUCAGGAGGGAAGCUGUGUUCACACUGCUGCUAAAUACAGCUGCCGGUACUGUUGCCACUACCAAACUCCUGGCAGUGUGCUGAUAUGUUAGACAAACUUCCUACACUUGUGAAACCAGCCAAUAUAAAUAUGUCAACAAGUCUUUGUGCCAAGAUUAUAGUAAAUUGUUGUUAUUUCCCUGGCUGUGAAACAGAUUGGAAUAGGAUCAUGAUAUGAAACUUAAGAAAUAACUUCGUAACUUUUGUUGAGUUAAAGGAGAGACUGGUUUGGUGAAAAGGAUGAAGCUAUGCAUUACCCGACAGAUCAAAUGCAUUUCGGUGCAUGUUCAGGGUUUUCAUAUAUACAUGUAAAGCUCCAAGCAUGGGAUUGUUUAUGGCAUGAAAAGAUAACAGCAUGAAAAUGUUAGCUGAGAAGUUUCGUUGGGAGUAGGUCCACACUAUACCAGCUAAUUCUGCAGCCACAGCAAAUAUCUGCACUCAAAACCUCCUGAAUAGGAAAUUGGUCAGCACACAAGAAAACUGCAUCACACUGCAGGACCUCAGUUGGUUAAACUCCUGUUUUGUGCUGAGAAAUGUAUAAACAAAAAUACAGGUUAGUGAGAACAGAUAUGGUAAUUGCUAUAUUGACAUAUAAAAAAAGUAGCUUGUUUUAAAUCUUGCUGGCUGAGUGUGGACGUAAACUUAAACUCCUAUGGCUCUGGGGACUGUUACUUCACACUCACCUUUACCGUUUCUGGUAAUAUUCAUUCUCCUACUAUUACUUUUGUUGUUCUGUAGUCAUCCUGUAUAUCACCUUCUUAGUAUUCAGUAAUUGAACAAGGUCAGUAGGAUCUAAUUGUCGGUUGGAUCUGUUUCCUCUCACAUUCCUGCACUCUGAAAAGCACAGGUAUGACUGAGUCCGUGUAGCCAGUGGAGUUUAACGUUGUUGUUUUUUUACUUCAAGUCAUUGUUUCCAUUACUGUAUGUCCUACAGCCACCUGGGACACUGUUACAUAACAAGCACAUCUCCUGUUCCCCCGUUUGAAGGAUUAUUGAAUGUAUGGCCAAAUGUUUUAGUGCUCCAUGAAGGCUUUCUUUUUAUAAGUGCACAUUUGAAUUCUUUAUUCCUUUAAAUGUUUUGUUAGACUUUAUGCUCUUGGUUCUAGACGUUUAUACCCAUCGACAGAUUUUCCUAGAUAAGAGGUUAAAAUAUGUAGUUUCUUACAGCAGUGAUUCACUGUGAAGUACUGCCUGCAGGAAGCAUUUAUGAAUGUACAUUUUCAUACACUAUAUCUUAUAAACAAUGCGGUUGGUUUGACAGAAAGCUCUUUUUAUGUUUAGAUAUAUAUAUAUUUUACUUUGAGGAUAUGAAGGAGGUGGAUGGUUGUGGUUCUUGCCAGCACGUCUGAGAUACAGAUGUUUAAGUCUCAGCCGGCCUAAUCUAGACCUUUUAAGCCUCUAUAUUUCACAUCAUGGAUAAUGAGACGGCACAAUACAUACGAUUACUCAGAAGCACUUUCAGAUA